AUGUCAUCCUCCAUCCUACACCAGUGCCCAUUCUGCAGCCACAUAUCCGACAUCUCCCUCUCCCUAGCCGCCUUCAUCGAAAACCCCCACUGUGCACAGUGCGGUCUCUCUGUCUCCGAAAGCAACAACAAACUCCAAGACGAACUAUCAGCCCUCUUCGACCGCCAAAUGUCCAUGGAGCAGCAUCAACACAUCCCCCCACAACCCACAAACUCAACUCCCGCUCCAACCUCCUCCCAACAACCCAUUUCCUACAGCAUCACCCAGCACUACCACCACUCGUCCCACGUAGCCCCUCCUUCCAUCCCCACACUAGCAACCUCAACCCAAGACCAAGCCCUCACCUCGCUCCUCCUCCAACAUGGCAUCGACCCAAACACCCUCACCCCGGCCCAACUCGACCUCAUCAGACACGCAGACACCGAGCAGCAACAACGUCUGAUCCAAACGUGGCAGCUCUACGCUAUCCACGGACAACCCACCCAAUCUCAAGACACCGAGAUGGACGACUCAAUGGACGAUAAAGGCGCGGAGCCGUACAUGGUAUCCGGCUAUGCAGGUACACCUUCAUCCACGAACGCGAUGAGCCCGGCGUUGCCGAAGGAACCUUCCACCGGUGAACCGUACGCUGCGUCUACGGAUCCCGUGUAUAAGAGUCAGCAGUGGUGGGAGGUUGGGCCGGGAUCGAUGGAGUCGCAGUAUGGGCUGUUUGAGGAGCGGACGAGGUAUUCGCGGAUGCAUGGUUGUGCGGGGGUUCAGACGCCGCAGUGGUUGUGUCCGAAUUGA